AUGCCAAUUGCAGCAAAAGUUUGCAAUAUGCUUCUGAAAAAUAGGAUUGUUCCUACCAUCGAUCGACUCUUCCGCAAGAAGGUCGGCAACUCCUAUCUAUUCCGUUCACCUCUCCUCCACUUCGUUUCAAAGCCUAUUGUCUCUUCACCUCUCCUCCACUUCGUUUCAAAGCCUUUGUCUGACUUCCGCGAUUCACCUCUCCUCCACUUCGUUUCAAAGCCUAAAAUCCGCGAUUCACCUCUCUCCUCCACUUCGUUUCAAAGCCUAUUGUCUGACUUCCGCGAAUUCACCUCUCCUCCACUUCGUUUCAAAGCCUAUUGUCUGACUUCCCGAAUUCACCUAGUUUCAAAGCCUCUGACUUCCACGAUUCACCUCUCCUCCACUUCGUUUCAAAAGCCUAUUGUCCUUCCGCUUUCUCCUCCACUUCGUUUCAAAGCCUAUUGUCCUGACUUCCGCGAUUCACCUCUCCUCCACUUCGUUUCAAAGCCUAAUUCCGCGAUUCACCUCUCCUCCACUUCGUUUCAAAGCCUAUUCCUAUUGUCUGACUUCCGCGAUUCACCUCUCCCUCCACUUCGUUUCAAAGCCUUUGUCACCUUCACCUCUCCUCCACUUCGUUUCAAAAUCUAUUGUCUGACUUCCGCGAUUCACCUCUCCUCCACUUCGUUUCAAAGCCUAUUGUCUGACUUCGUUCACCUCUCCACCACUUCCCUAUUGUCUGACUUCCGCGAUUCACCUUCUUUCCCUCCUUCCGCGAUUCGUUUCAAAGCCUAUUGUCUGACUUCCGCGAUUCACCUCUCCUCCACUUCGUUCCGUCUGAUUCACCUCUCCUCCACUUCGUUUCAAAGCCUAUUGUGUCUGAUUCACCUCUCCUCCACUUCGUUUCAAAGCCUUCUGACCCGCUCACCUCUCCUCCACUUCGUUUCAAAGCCUGACUUGUUCUGUUUCAAAGCCUAUUGUCUGAUUCCGCGAUUCACCUCUCCUCCACUUCGUUUCAAAGCCUAUUGUCUGACUUCCGCGAUUCACCUCUCCUCCACUUCGUUUCAAAGCCUAUUGUCUGACUUCCGCGAUUCACCUCUCUCCACUUCCCUUUGUCUGACUUCCGCGAUUCACCUCUCCUCCACUUCGUUUCAAAGCCUUUGUCUGACUUCCGCGAUUCACCUCUCCUCCACUUCGUUUCAAAGCCUAAAUUCACCUCUCCUCCACUUCGUUUCCCUAUUGUCUGACUUCCGCGAUUCACCUCUCCUCCCGUUUCAAAGCUUCGUUUUCAAAAAAGCCUAUUGUCUGACUUGUCUCUCCUCCACUUCCCUAUUGUCUGACUUCCGACACCUUCCUCCACUUCGUUCAAAGCCUCUCCCGCGAUUCACCUCUCCUCCACUUCGUUUCAAAGCCUAUUGUCUGACUUCCGCGAUUCACCUCUCCUCCACUUCGUUUCAAAGCCUAUUGUCUGACUUCCGCGAUUCACCUCUCCUCCACUUCGUUUCAAAGCCUUUCCUAUUGUCUGACUUCCGCGAUUCACCUCUCUCCACUUCGUUUCGAUUCACCUCUCCUCCCUCCACUUCGUUUCAAAGCCUAUUGUCUGACUUCCGCGAUUCACCUCUCCUCCACUUCCAAAGCCUAUUGUCUUCGUUCACCUCUCCUCCACUUCGUUUCAAAGCCUAUUCCUAUUGUCUGACUUCCGCGAUUCACCUCUCCUCACUUCGUUUCAAAGCCUAUUGUCUGACUUCCGCGAUUCACCUCUCCUCCACUUCGUUUCAAAGCCUAUUGUCCUCUCACCUCCCUCCACUUCGUUUCAAAGCCUAUUGUCUGACUUCCGCGAUUCACCUCUCCUCCACUUCGUUUCAAAGCCUAUUGUCUGACUUCCGCCUAUUCACCUCUCCUCCACUUCGUUUCAAAGCCUAUUGUCUGACUUCACCUCUCCUCCACUUCGUUUCAAAAGCCUAUUGUCGAUUCACCUCUCCUCCACUUCGUUUCAAAGCCUAUUGUCUGACUUCCGCGGUUCACCUCUCCUCCACUUCGUUUCAAAAGCCUCUUCCGCGAUUCACCUCUCCUCCACUUCGUUUCAAAGCCUCUCUGACUUCCGCGAUUCACCUCUCCUCCACUUCGUUUCAAAGCCUAUUGUCUGACUUCCGCGAUUCACCUCUCCUCCACUUCGUUUCAAAGCUUUGUCUGACUUCCGCGAUUCACCUCUCCUCCACUUCGUUUCAAAGCCUAUUGUCUGACUUCCGCGAUUCACCUCUCCUCCCUAUUGUCUUCGUUCACAAAGCCUAUUGUCUGACUUCCUGA